AUGAAUAGAGGAGAAAAUUUGGAUUCCAUCCCGAUUGAUCUCGUUCUCGAGAUAUUCUCGAGAUUGUCUGCAAAGUCAGUCGGGAGGUGUCGUUGCGUGUCGAAGCUAUGGAGGUCCACACUUGGUGAGUGGCUCUUCUUCUCAUCGCCUCAGCCUGAUCAUAUUAAUCUUUAUGAGAAGUCGUCGUCGUCUCCUGUAGUAGCCGCAGCCGAUUUUCAUAUGAAGUUUUCUGAAGACAUAAGCCGACACGAAUACGAAUGUAGCUAUGUUUCUGGUUUGAUAUUUUUUCGUCAAAUGUGGAUCCGAGAGGAGGGUCCGGGUCCACUGCGGGUGCUAUGUAACCCUAUCACGGGACAAUAUUCCAUCUUACAACUGGUAACGUACAAAGAGAUAAGAAGCCUUUUAGGGUUUGAUCCGAUUGACAAACAAUUCAAGGUAUUGCGCAUGAGUUAUGGAUGCGUACACCAUGUUCUGACAUUAGGAACCGGAAAAAUGAAAUCUGAGAAAUUUAAGUUUAUUGACGCAAAAUGCUUUGGUGAUGAAUUACCACAAUUGAUCAACUAUAAGGGUAAAUUAGGUGGGAUUAUUUGGAAGUGUAACUACAUUGGUCCAAGGCGUACCCUUACCUUGUGUAUGUUGGUUCUAAAGGAUGCUGAGAAACAAGAAUGGUCCAAAUAUGCCUACACUUUGCCGAAGAAUCAAUUCCGUGAUUCCUACUACUUUUCUGUUGCUGGAGUUACUGCUAAAGGUGAUAUUGUUUUUUUGGACACCCUAACAUCUAAACCGUUUUAUGUUUUCUACUUUAAUCCCGAAAGGAACACUAUCCAACGCGUUGAAAUCCUUGGUGACCAUGAAGUGUUUGCCAAGCCGUGUCUAGUUUACGCCUUUGUAGACCAUGUAGAGGAUCUUAGUUUUAAUAUUAUGAAGAAAAGAUAUGUUGCAACAUCUAUAAGCCCCCCACCGCCAGAGCAGAAACCUAACCCCACGAGCACAGAAGCAUCGUCUAGAAAGGUUCAUCAUCAUGUAAGGACCAUUGCUCGCCCGCUACAAGAUCGUCCAUCGUUUGAGAGUAUUAAUAAAUUUAAUGCUUUGCAUCGUUUAGAUGAUGAUGAACAAUUUACUACUGCUCGCCCGGGACAGAGUCGUAGUUUAUUUGAGAGCAUUAGCAAAUUUGAAGCUCAGUCUCCUAUGAAUCUAUAG